CAAAACUUUCAUCAAAUUUGAUUAUUUAUGUGCCUGCAUUUUCAAACCUUCACUCAGAAAACAGACCCCUCUCUCUCUCUCCUCUCUCUUUCUCUCUCCUCACACACACACACACACACAAACACAUAGGGAUUCGUAAAGCAAAGCAGCUGUACGAACAGCCAAGAUCAAAUCUUGACCACAAAAAGUCACACAUUCUCUCUUGCAUGCUCACUGUUCACUCCUCACUCUCACACUUCUCUCUCUCUCUCUAGACUCUACAACCCCUUAAACCAAAAACCCCACGCAAGAACACAAACACACGAAACCCCAAAAAGAGAAACCCAUAAUGGAGGAAAGGCCGGAGACGGAGCUGAUAUCGAUACCGGCGACGCCACGCGCCUCCACGCCGGAGAUACUGACACCGUCGGGGCAGAGGUCGCCGCGUGCGAUGGCAAGGGAGGCGGCGCUCGGCACCGGCACCGCCAAGUCGUGGACGCCGACGUCGUUCAUCUCGCCGAGGUUCCUGAGCCCCAUCGGGACCCCGAUGAAGAGGGUGCUCGUCAAUAUGAAGGGCUACCUGGAGGAGGUGGGCCACCUGACCAAGCUCAACCCACAGGACGCGUGGCUCCCAAUCACCGAAUCGCGUAACGGCAACGCGCACUACGCCGCGUUCCACAAUCUCAACGCCGGCGUUGGCUUUCAGGCGCUCCUCCUCCCCGUUGCCUUCUCCUUCCUCGGAUGGAGUUGGGGAAUAAUAGCAUUAACCAUAGCCUACUUCUGGCAACUAUACACAUUGCGUAUACUCGUUCAGCUUCACGAAGCAGUUCCCGGAAAGAGAUACAAUAGAUACGUCGAACUUGCUCAAGCUGCAUUCGGGGAGAGACUAGGUGUAUGGCUUGCGCUAUUCCCGACGGUGUACCUAUCGGCCGGUACGGCCACUGCAUUAAUUCUUGUCGGAGGGGAGACGAUGAAACUGUUCUUCCAAAUCGUGUGCGGCCCACAUUGCUCCUCUAAUCCGCUGACAAGUGUCGAGUGGUACCUCGUUUUCACUUCCCUAUGCAUUGUGUUGUCACAACUGCCCAAUCUCAACUCCAUAGCUGGACUCUCGCUCGUGGGCGCGGUGACAGCGAUCACCUACUCCACUAUGGUGUGGGUCCUCUCUGUGAGCCAGCAAAGGCCGCCCACGCUCUCGUACGAGCCUAUUUCGAUGCCUACUUCAACGGCUUCGGUUUUUACCGUGUUGAAUGCACUUGGAAUUGUCGCGUUUGCGUUUCGAGGCCAUAAUUUAGUUCUUGAAAUUCAGGCGACGAUGCCGUCGACUUUCAAGAAACCGGCACACGUGCCGAUGUGGAGGGGAGCGAAGGUCGCUUAUGUCUUUAUUGCGAUGUGCGUUUUCCCCGUUGCAAUUGGCGGUUAUUGGGCUUAUGGAAAUCUUAUGCCAUCCGGAGGAAUCCUCAACGCCUUAUUCGGGUUCCACAGUCGCGACAUUCCAAGAGGACUACUCGCGGUGACGUUCCUCCUCGUCGUAUUCAACUGCCUGAGCAGCUUCCAAAUCUACUCGAUGCCCGUUUUCGACAGCUUCGAAGCGGGCUAUACGGGUCGGACCAACCGACCGUGCCCGAUUUGGGUCCGGUCCGGGUUCAGGGUGUUCUACGGGUUCAUCUCGUUGUUCAUAGGCGUGGCGCUCCCGUUCUUGUCCAGCCUGGCGGGGUUGUUGGGCGGGCUGACCCUACCCGUGACGUUCGCGUACCCGUGUUUCAUGUGGGCCCUCAUUAAAAAGCCCGUCAAGUACAGCUUCGACUGGUAUCUUAGCUGGGUGCUCGGCUGGUUGGGUAUUGCGUUUAGCUUGGCUUUCUCGAUUGGAGGGAUUUGGAGCAUGGUGAAUAGUGGACUCAAGCUCAAAUUCUUUAAGCCGCCUAGCUAAGAACUGGAAAUUGUGAUUUUAUUUUAUUGUCAAUUGAAGAUUGUUUAAUAUAAUGUACUACUUUGAUUUGUUUUGUUGUAUGGUUUUGAUGCAAGGAAAUAUUAGCUUUUUUAAAAUUUAUUUUUUUAUUUAUUUUUAUUUUUAUUUUUGGAAGACUUUUAUGAAACUAUUGUGUGUAAAUUUAUAAUUAUAUAGUCAAUCUUGAUGAUGCCCUUUUUCCUUA